AUGAAUACGUUGAGAUACCUGCUCUCGUGGUUUGACCCAGAAAUCAUUUCGGCCGUCACAAGUACACCAAACUCCACGACGACACCCACACCCGAAACUCAGCAGCCCGAGAAAAACGUCCUGAUUCUCCAACCCAAGAUGUCCAACUCCAACAACGCCGCCGCUGUCAGCAAUGGUAAUAACCACGGCAACAGCAACAGCAACGCCAAUGGCAACGGCACCGCUGAAAAACCCACCUUCUACCACAACUCCGUCGAGCUCUUCGACCUAGGCAUCACGCGCUUCGACCAAGACACCGCCGCAGUCGGCGACCGCGACUUCGCCCUCCACGCCCAAGGCCCCGUCCUCGCACGCGCCGGCCGAGCACCCCGCGGUCUCGAAAGCCAAGUCCACGCCUGGAACACAUUCCAAUACACCACCGAAGAAGUCAACGAGCGCGAAGAGCUCAAGGGCGAUUUGCAUGGCGGACAGUUGCAUCGCGAGAACAGGGCGGCUGCAGGUGCGCAGGGUGGCGGCGGUAUGAACGGCGGUGGUAGGAGAGGCUUUGGAGGUGGCUAUGCGGGUAGAGGUGGAGAUAGGGGCGGUCGUGGCGCGCCUAGGGGUGGUAGAGGUGGUGGUGUGGGACGUGGUGGUAGGGAUGAUGGGAUGAUGGAAGGUCUGUGUGCGGGUAGGAAGCCGGAUUAUGAUUGCCCGCCCAUGGCGAAGGGUAUGGCGGAGGAGAUGGAUAAGAGUAUGUUCUGGGAUGGACCGAUCGUCUAG